AUGGCAGAAACAUUAGAUUCAGUAGUAAAUUCAGUAACAGGAACAGCAGAGAAGAUGAAAAAAGAUAUGGUUGAUACAUUUAAGAGUGCUCUUGAAAAAUCUGAUAAAGCUACUGAAAAUUUAGCUGAAAAGGUAAAAGAAACAUUUACACUUGUAUCUGAUAAGACGAAAAACUUUUCAGAAAAUUUCACAUUUGAUGUAUCACAAAGCGCACGUAAAGUUGCCGAUUCUGUCACUGAAUCAUUUGAUAAAAUGCCCGAAAAAGUUAUUGAUACAUUCAAUUAUGUCUCCGAUGGAGCACAAGAUUUUUUUGAUAAAAUGAAACUUAAUGUUAAUGAACUUCUUGAUACUUCCGGUACGGUGACUGGUACUACGGGAGCUAACAGUACUAACCUUACCAAAGGUACUAGUACUGGAGUUGGUGGUACUAAGGUUACUAGUAAUCAGACUAGUACUACUGGUACUAUGGGUAGUACUACUACAGUAGGACCAAGCACCGUUACUGAGGAUACUGCUAAGGGAGCUACUACUACUACUAAUACUAAUACUACUGGUACUGUUGAUAUGAAAAAUGAAACUUCUAAAGAAACUGAAUAUGUUGAAGAAGAAGAAGUUGUUGAAGGUGAUUGGAAAGCACCAAAAGUAGAAGUAAAAGAAAUAAAAGUAGAAACAGGUGAAGAAGAUGAAGAUGUAUUCUGGAGUCAGAGAUCGAAAUUAUAUCGUUGGUCAACAGAUACAGAUGGUUCCGGAGUAUGGAAAGAACGUGGAUUAGGUGAAUCUAAACUAUUACGUCAUAGAGAAACGGGUAAAAUUAGAUUCUUAUUAAGGCAAGAAAAGACUUUUAAAGUAGUUGCAAAUCAUUAUGUAUGGCAGACAAAUAAUAUGUGUAAACUUACACCUAAUGUUGGAAGUGAUAAAAUUUGGGUCUGGACUGCACAAAAUACUCUUGAAGAUGGUAAUAAAGUGGAACAACUCGCACUCAAAUUCCCAAAUGUCGAACAAGCACAACUCUUCAAAAACAAAUUCGAUGAAGCUGCUGAACUCAAUUCCAAAUUAUUCAAUUAA